UUACUAUCACGAGGUCCAAAGUCAGUUGGAAUCGCUCAAGUUAUUCGUUCAGAACCACCAUCAACCCAUUCGCAGGAAAGUGGAGUUGGAAGCAGUUUUGAGGAGUCUCGUCGAAGGCCCUCGAGACCACCUAUUCCUCCGGGAGGUGCACCUUCCAGACACCCAGGGCUCGGAUGUAAUCCCAAUGCACCCUACCGAGGUGCUUCAGCGGGCCCCACAUCGUCUGGAACUACCUCGACAAAUAUGCCCUCUUCCACAUCAUCUUACCCACUUCAUCACUCUCUCUAUGAAGUACCUCCCGAAGCACGGCUACAAAUCCGCCUUCAACCACCUAGUCCACCAAGUAGUCAGGAGGAAUCUUCAUGGAGGCUGGUACAACAUCCGGGAGUAUGGACUAACCAGUUGAAUACUCCAGAUGGUCAACAUUUACAACAGCAGAGAGGGUACUAUGAUGGGGAGUUGAUAGUUCCAGCAAUGAAAACUCAGCAGGCAAUGACUUCAUCGUCAAUGACGUCAUCAUCAACUUCAACAUCGACUUCUUCUGCAGGAGUCGUUGAAGCAGUCAAGGCUGCUGCGACUGUCCAUUCGAAUUCUUCCUCACCGUCGAGUCCAGCAUCUUCAAUCGUGGAAGAUGAAAUGAUGAUGAUGAUGAGAGGAGGAAUGGAUAAAGAGGAUGAUUCAUCAAGCACUAUGUCUUACUCAGUUUGUGGUGGGGGUGGAAAUGGAGGUAAUAGAGUGUCUGGAAAGACGGGAGCUGUUGUCACUCCUAUUCAAAAGCAAUCUCCUCCGCAGCAACAGAGACAGCGAUCACUGUCUGGAAGUGGUGGACCGUUGCAUUUGCUGACAAACUCUGAUAUUCAUCAGUUGUUGAAUUUGACGAAAAUGAGGGAAACCGCCCUGGUCCAUCGUCUUCUUGCAGAGUAUCGUCAGACACUCCUUCUACAACAAUCUCUCCACGCAAACAGUAUGAGCACACCAAAUCUCGCCGCCAGUCAAGAGCUUCACACUUCUGCGACGAAUAACAGUAGUGGUGGAUCAAAUGUUUUCACAAAUGGAAAUUACUCGAACACAGGAAUGAAUACAUCUGGACAGCAGGCUGAAGGUGGAGGUUGUCCUCAAAGGACACAUACUCAGAGAAGAAAUGAGUCAUACGGACCCCGGGGAUCUUGUCAUGAUGGCCUUCGGGGAAAGCAUGGAUCGCGUUGCGCUCAUCAAAAUGCCAGAGGUCUUCAUGGUUCUGAUUCAUCUGACUAUGUCAACGCUUGUGCCUUUCAAUGUAGUCAUGGCUGCAACUGUGGAGCUACUCAAAUGCAAACCAGUAUUCAUAGCACUACAGACAACGACUCAAAUGCUACAUUCAGAGUUCUUUCUGAGGUGGAUGGUGCUCGUGCCGGACAUUUCUCAACUAACUACCAGCACAGUCACCAGCAAUGUGGUCACACCCACAAUCAUCAUAACAAUCGAAAGCGACAUCAUCAUCACGAAGACUCCUGCACUACGAACAGUGACAUUAUGACUUCGUCGAAUUGUUCUCAACAGGGUAGUUGGGGUGCUUUCGCCAAGUCGAACUCUUUCCAUCAUCAACCCCAAAGAUUUGGAGGAGGUGGUGGUGGAAAGGGCGGUGGAGGAGCCAGACUUGCUCAUGAAAUGUGUAAAUCUGCAACCCCAGACAAUUUCCACCGUCAACCAGGGCAACGUGGAAGCCCAGCAAAAUUGGAGGUGUCCGAUUUUGAGCCACCCCUUCGUGGAUCAUCUACAGAUCGCCGCGUAGGAAGUGAUAAUAGCAGCGGGAACGGAUUUAGUCGAUCCAAGACCUUCAUGAAUUCACCUCAAAGUCAAGCUGGAACUCCAAGAGUCGCAUUCAUUCACGCCUUCGACAGAACCUGUGGGAGUGGUCAUCUUCAUGCUGGAGAAUAUGAGAAUCUUGAAAACGACUCUCCACUUUUGAGUUCUGUCAAUCGGAAAUCGAUAACAGAUAUUUCUGCACGUUCUUCAAGCUCUGAUGUCUCCUACGAGGACUAUAAAUUUAAUCAAAGACUUCAGCGUAUAACACGCACUCCGACUACACUAUGCAGUGAUGCCUACGAACGCCAUCAGCACUGUCCGCAUCAUGGACGGAGGACUUGUCCCUUUAAUCGACUCGGCCCUUCAUCAAGUACUAAACGAUCAACCCUGCCAAGUAAUUCGUGUGACGGCGGUGGAGGUCAUGUUCAACUCUGCUGGGAACACAUGAGGGCUCUAGAACAACUAGGAGCAUCCAAAGAAGUUCAUAUCGACACCCCAAUGAUUCAGCGUCGAAAAGAGAAAAAGAAAGCUCGAAAUGUUGAGAAGGAGUCUUGUUGUAGUUACUGUUCCAUUCAGCAAAAUCGUCGAUAUGCGGAGAAAGCGAGGUCGUUCGAUCCUUAUAAACAGAAAUCUGCCCUUCGACAUAGAUGUUCAGCGAGCCCGGUUUUUAGUGUGGAGCCUGCGGGAACUCAAUGUGACCUCUGUAGACGGCAGAGGCGGCGGAGACCCGAGUUCGAAAGACCUAGGUGUGGGUGUGAUGGCUCUGGGGAAGAAGAUGAAUGCUCCGAUGAGGGAGAUCUGGGCGGAUUUUCAUCUCGAGCAGUAAGUGAUUCAUCUCUCGCAUCGUCUGCACUUCCUGGAACUCGAGAUACUACAUCUAUCAUGGUCUCAUCGUAUGAAUUUGAGUGUCAACAGCAACAGCAGGCUCAACACAAUUCUGGUCCGUCCUUUGAUAAUAUGAGUGGUGGCGGAAACGGGUCUAGCUCAAGGAAAUAUAAAAAUAAACCUCCAGCAGACGAGAGGCGUGGAUCAUCCAAUAGACUGCAGCCACAUGUCAAUUUCUGCGAGGAUAGACAAAGCACUCCCAUUAGAAAUAACGGAAAGUUAUUACAGAAUCCUUCGACUGCAAGAAAAGCCUCCCUCUCUCCUCCAUCUCUUGACCGCCUUCUGCAAAGACCAGAACGUCCGAAAACCCUCCUCUCUUCCUCAGCCUCCUUCCAAGUUGAAGACCAUCAUCACAGACACCAACCACCAGAUACCCCUUCAAAGCGGUUCACCAAUCGACCUCUCGGUGGUGCCAGUAGCAGAGAUGGAACUCCAGUUAGACGAACUGGUGGAUCGGUGGGAUACUCUCGAACUUCUACACCAGGAAGAACGAUGGAAAGUCAACAGUCUCCUGUCGCGAAAGGUAUAGGAGGAUCUGGAGCCCUAUUCACUGCCUCAAUGACAUUCACACCAUCUACAAAUGCGUCCACUAUAUCACCAGGGCCACUAAAUUCGAGCAACUCGAUUGGUAAUAAUAGAAUUGAUCAUCAUCAGUAUCAACAACAUAAUCAGAAUGAGUUUCAGAGGUGCCUACCAUAUAAAUCAAUUUCAGCACUAUCUCACGGAGAAACUGAGGUAAAUUUAUCAUAA